AUGCGUAACGUAGAAAUUAAAGCUAAAGUCCACGAUAUAGAAUCUAUUUGCAAGAUUGCUGAAAAUUUAAGCGGUACUAAACCAACAAUCAUCCAACAAGACGAUACAUUUUACAAAGUAAAUAGCGGUCGCUUGAAGUUAAGAUUUUAUGCUGAUGAAUCUGCGACUCUCGUAAGAUACGAUCGUGAUGAUACAGAGGGACCGAAGCUUUGUGAUUAUAAUCUAUUACAAUUUUCAAAAAAUGAAAAGGAAAAAGCUAUGUUAUUGGAUAACAUGCUAACAAAAUGUGUCGGCACCCGUGGAAAAGUUGUGAAGGAACGUAAGCUGUAUAUGGUGGGUCAGACUCGAGUUCACAUAGAUGCAGUGCAAGAUCUUGGCAACUUUAUGGAACUAGAAGUGGUAUUGCAUCCUGAACAGUCAUUAGAAGAAGGCCAAGCUAUUGCUAAGGAUUUGCAAAUCAAGCUUGGUGUAAAAGAUGAAGAUCUCAUAGAGUGUGCUUAUGUUGAUUUGUUAGAUAAGAAA